AUGUUUUUAAGCGAAAUGCUAUAUUUGAAGCUUUUAUUAAAUCUCGCUCUUUUGGCAGGCCAAAUACUUUCAGAACCUCUUCCAUUUUCAUCGGACGAAGUCACUGUGGUUCCAUUUCCGCCUUUCAUCCCAGUGGCAGGAGGAUAUGUACCAGAACCAAAAAGCAAUGAAACUAUUGAGUAUGUCCAAAAAAGCAAGAAUGACUAUUUUGGAAAUGAGCUGAGUCAAAUAGUGGAUUCCCCAGACUUUCAUCUGGUUACUUUUCACAACGGGGAACUAAAUAAGCAAGUUUGGGCAUUUGUACUGGGAACUGAAAAGAAAGUAUUCGCGUAUAGAACAGAAAGCACAAAUAUUAUAGACCCAUUGCAUUUAGGGAGCAAUUGGAAUGUUAUAAGUAAUACUGAGUCGAAAGUAUGGCCAGUUCAGAUGGGUUUUGUAUACCCUUCUUGCCACAACAUGGUUAAAGACAGUGGUGAAGAAGGGGUGGAUUGUGGAGGUCCUUGCAGACCCUGCAGUACAUUCGCAAGCUGUAGAAUCGGGCUGGAUGAUCUAAGAAUGCAUAAGACUUUAAGAUAUUCAACGUGUAUUGGUGAAUUGAGACAUGGAGAAUUUUGUUCUUUAACAUGUCCGGUGGGAUACAGAAUGAAGGACUCGACCAAGAUGAAGAGUGAAAUUUAUUCUCAAUGUUAUGAUGGAAGACUCAACCAACUAAUAUUUGGAAAUAUGCAAGCUCCGAUGACAGGAGAGAACUAUUAUUCAAGGGAAUACAGAGGAUUUAGAAGUAUGUUGGAGAGUGAGGUGAGCCAUUUGGGUCAAGAGUUCAAUGAACUUUGCGAAUCACCCUUUGACUACAUGUGUAAAUAUAUUUCCUUAAGGUUGAAAAGGUCAAAUUUAGAUGAAGAUGGAGAAGGUAUAAAUUACAGGAUGCCUUGUGAGGGGAUUUUUACGGCCGUACCAAGAUACCAUGGCAAAAAGAAUUAUUGGGUAUCAGUAAAUUCAAGGGGCGAAAGAGUUACUUUGUUUUGGAAGGAAAAUUCUUGGGUAUGUAUAAAUACUAUAUCAAAUACUGUUUUGGGUUAUGUUCAGGAUUCUAAUCCAGCUUUAUUACUAUCUGAGGAGCAUAAGAGUACUUUAAUUUGGAUUCCAUGGUCAGAAAAUGGCCCAUUAAAGCAAAACAGGGCAUAUAUAACCUUAAGAUGCAGCAACAAGAAGCCAAGAGAAAUUCCAGGUAGAUGCAAUUCAUUAACGAUGCAGGGUUGGAAUUAUGGAACCAAUUACAACGGGAUAUGGGUAUUUGUUGGAGAAAGCACUGAUAUUUUUAAUGGUGAUGUAAGGGGAAUAUACAUAAAGCCAUAUAGUAAUUUGGUUAUGCUUUAUAAUAUGUACAAACUACAAUGGGAGAUUUACGAACGUUUGGGGGACGUCUCAUAUGAGAAGUUAAAGCAAGUAAUGCGACAAGAUGGAAAGAUUAAAGAUAGAGUAUUGAAUGAAGAAAGUAGUUAUCUUAUGGAAAACAAUAAAGGAUGGGUGCUUAGAGCAAUGAACCCACAUCCAAAUCCUUCUCCUCCUUCAGGAAAAUGGAUUACUACACCAAAGAAUAACUUUGAGGAGGAAAAUCUACUAAGAGUUAAGUAUUAUCAUAUUGAUAUAUACUGUGAUUCCAAGGUGACGACUCUUUCUGGUGGAGAACUAAAUCUUAAUCCAUUGAAAAUAGUAAGAGCAACUGAUGAGGAGCCUGUUGUAUGUUCAUUAGAAAAGCCAGUAACCAGCUUUUUGUUAAAUUUGGAUUUUUCAAACUUAUCAUUCAAGCCAAAAAAUAAUUAUAUUGAUAGGAAUGAAGGUGAAUUUGCUAAAGAUAGUUGCAAGUAUAUGGAGGUUAAGGGAACUACAAUAGAGGCAACUGAAUGUUCUGGAAUAUUUAGGAAGGUGGAUUUAAAUCAGGGAGAAACUGUUUGGGCUAAGAUUGCAAGUAAUUCCAGAAUUGUAUUAUUCUAUUGGACAGGAAUUAAAUGGAUUUGCACAAGAAAUGACAGCAGUAACACCAUAUUAGGGUAUGUUGAAAAUGAGAGACUGGAAGAAGGGUAUUGGUUGAAUAAAAUUGAUUCUUCAAAGGGGGCUUAUAUAAAAACCAGGACAACUUUGAGGUGUUUUAGUAGACAUUCUCAGGAGUCGGGAAACAAACAUGCUUGUAACAGGGCCUUAUUGAAGGGUUGGCCAGUUGGAAUGGAGGCUUUAAAUGGAAACUGGGAGUUGAAUAAGUAUGAAAUCAUUGGAAAAAAUAAAAAUGAGAAUGAAUUGGGUAAAAUUAAGGAAAUCAAAUACUAUGAACACAGGAAAUCCGAUGGAUGUAAAUUAUAUCUUUAUUUUGACGACGAGGUGGGAUAUACAGUUAUUACCAAUCAUCAUCCAAAAAGUAGAACCGAUUUAGAAAAUAAAAAAGACAAGAAAACCAAAUAUAUUGCAAUAUACAAAGAUGAACUACAGGGAACUCCUAUAUUAAAGGGACAAGAUUCUCAUCAUUCACAAUGGUUACAUUACCCAAUAGAUGGUAAUUUGGGAAAUUCCAAUUCACCAAAAGCACUUGUUAGUACAUAUAUUUAUACAAAAUGCCGAGAUAAUGAAGAGCAUUCAUCAAUGCAAAAGAGUCAGUCUAUAGCUUGGGAUGGGGAAGAGAGUAGUACUUUAAAGAAUAAUUUGGAGGGAGAAGAGAAGAAGAAAUUUCAAGAAAAUAAUACAAAGAAAUUUCACAGAAAUUCGAUUUCAAACAGAAGACUGGCAAAAAUUAAAGCAAAAAAUAGCUCCUCAUGCAAUGAGUAUAAAAUUACGGGUUUUAACAAACCAUUGGAAGCCUUUAAUGGGAUUUGGAGAAAGGAAGAAAACUAUAAAAAGGAAAGGCAAUCAUCAUCAGAAUCGAUAUUAGAGCUCUAUAAGUGUACAAAUAGUAAUGACAAGGAUGUUUAUAUUUACUACUCAGAGACUUCAUUGAACAAAACUGGAUGGUUUUUGGAUUACGAUCUUGAUCCAGUGAAUGGGUUCAUUGCAUUAGGAACUAAUAGUACUUCAGACGGUAUAACAUCUUUUUGGAGGCUUUGGAAUUUGACAGAAAAAAAAUGGAAUAAUUUUGAGCUCAAUUUAGACUGUAAUGAUCAUAUUAAUUAUUCUAAUCUCGACAGUAAAAAAACCGUUUUUACUACCACUGACACAAAAAUAUUGGUGGAUAGGUCUGAACUCUUGGAAAAUGAAUCCCCAAAGGAGCUAAGUAUAAUUCCUUUUGAGGAUGUGGAAGAUCAUAUCAAAACAGCUCCAGUUCGUGAAAUGCCCAUACCAUUUUUCACGGCAAGUUUACCUUUAAUAGGAGAGUUAGCAGGGAGAACUUUCCCAAUGGUUAAGGAUUUAUCAAAUUUGGUUCCAAAGAGACCAAAACCAACAAAUGAAGAUUUAUUAGGAUCAUCGGUAACAGCAUCUGCAAUAUUGCCAAAUUUAAAUAUAUUUUCAACAGCUGAACAACUGAGACAAAACAUUACAAAGUCUAGACAGAAUGAAAGACCUAGUGUAUAUUAUGAUCCAUCUUUACUUCCUCAAACAAAUAUGAAUAAAAAUGGGAUUCCUUCGGUAAUGCCUUAUGAUCAAUUUGGGCCACCAAUUAAUGUGUACAACCCAAGGAAUGAUAUUCCAGGUUAUAACUAUUUGUCAGGGCAACAGAAUAUGUUUUAUCCUCCAGUAGUACCUGGAAGCAUCAAUAAUAACAACAUAUUUGACCCCAAUACGAGGCCAAACAACAACUUUUUUUAUAAUCCAUACAAUAAUAACAAUAUAAAUGGUAACCAAGACCAACAGAACUUUGGGAAUGAGAUGAGAGAUAUUUCUUACUUGAACUACCAGCAACAGCAACAACAACAACUUCUUCAACAACAACAACAAUUACAGAAUGAGCAACUUCAGCAGCAACAACAAUUACAAUCUCAACAACAACAGCAACAACAACAGUUGCAACAGAAACAGCAAAAACAACAACAACAUCAACAACAGCAGCAGCUUGAGCAGUUUUAUCAUCCCAAUCAACAAAAUCUAAGCUCACAAAACAUGGAUGAAAUACCAACUUUGGCAGGAAAUCCUGGGAAUAAUAAUGGGGAACUUGUAUACUUUGCAAACGGCAAUUUUAGCAAAGGAAGCGAUAAUUUGGAGAUGUCUGUCUCUACUACUACUAGUACUACUACUACCACAACAACAACAACUACAAUAACAACAACAACUACUACAACUACAACAACAACAACUACUACUACUACUACCACCACCACCACCACCACUGUCAGUACUGCUACUGCUGCAAUUUCUCCAGCUUCAACUGAAAUCUCAACUGCAAAUCCUAAUGAAAGUAACCUAAUCCUGGGAGUUCCAGAAGAGAGAAAAGACUGUCUUGAAGAUAAAGAAUGGGUUGUGGAGCAUGGGAAACUGCUAAGUGAAUCUGGGGGUAUAACAAACAAAUACAAGGUUAUAAUAGUGAGUAUUUUGGAUCAGGAAGAUUCAAAGUUGAAUUAUUUGCAAGGAGUAUACAGUUUUAAUGGGAUUUUCAAUGGUAGACCUUCAUAUAGACAUUUUGUAAAUGGAAUUAAAAAUGAAUCAAAUAACCUUCCAGAGUUAAAGGCCUCUACUGUUGAAGUUUCACUGUUUUAUGACAAGAGAUUAAGGUCUUGGAUAUUUGGAGAUUUGGAAAAUAUUGGGUAUAAUACAGAGGAAUCAAUAUAUUUAAGAAGCUCACAAAGUAACUGCCUUGUUCCAUGGGACUCCACAAUUACAUGGAGAAAUGCGACCAAUACAGCUUCUUUGCCAUUAAUUAUUUCAGUGAGAGCAGGAGAAAGUACUAAUAUAUAA